AUGGGAGACUGGAAUUUCCUGGGCGGGAUUUUGGAGGAAGUCCACAUCCAUUCUACCACGAUUGGCAAGAUCUGGCUGACCAUCCUCUUUAUCUUCCGGAUGCUGGUCCUUGGCGUGGCUGCUGAAGACGUGUGGGAUGAUGAGCAAGCAGACUUCAUUUGCAACACGGAGCAGCCCGGCUGCAGGAAUGUCUGCUAUGACCAGGCCUUUCCCAUUUCCCUCAUCAGGUACUGGGUCCUGCAGGUGAUCUUUGUCUCUUCGCCCUCCUUGGUCUACAUGGGCCACGCCUUGUACAGGCUGAGGACCCUGGAGAAGGAGCGGCAGAAGAAGAAGGCCCAGGUGAGGGCUGAGCUGGAGGGGACAGCCCCAGAGAAGGCGGAGGAUCGGAGGAGACUGGAGAAGGAGCUGCGGCAGCUGGAGCAGAAGCGCCUGAGCAAAGCGCCCUUGAGGGGCUCGCUGAUGUGCACCUACCUGGUCCAUAUCCUAAUGCGCUCUGCCCUGGAGGUGGCCUUCAUGAUGGGCCAGUACCUGCUCUACGGCUUCCAGCUGGAGCCGCUCUACCAGUGCCGGCGGCCGCCGUGCCCCAACGUGGUCGACUGCUUCGUCUCCCGGCCCACCGAGAAGACCAUUUUCCUGCUCUUCAUGCAAGCCAUCGCCGUCGUGUCCCUCGCCCUCAACGGCCUGGAAGUCGCCCACCUGGCCUGCAAGCGCUGCCGAGCGGGCUCCUGCGGCGCUUCGCCCUCGGCCCUCGGGGGCAGCCCGCGCUCCGCCCUGCUGGGCCAGCACUCAAACCCCCCGCCCUGGGGACCCUGCCCGGACGACCGCCUCGCCCAGGGCCCACCACCCGCAGCCGAUGAAGCCCACCCGCCGCCCGGCCCUCGCAGCCCGACGCGGAGCAGCAGCAGCAGCACCAAGGAGAGCGGCCCCGGCGUCGACGCAGCCCAAGCGAUGGCCGGCUCCUCUUCCUCGUCCCGCUCGCCGCCGCCCGCGAACGGUGCCCGGCGCGGCUCCUGCAGCGGCGGGGAAUCGGGCAGCGCCGUCUCCUCGGCCACGGCGGCGCCGAGCACGGCCGACUCCCCGCCCUCCAGCACCGGCAGCGAGCGGGGACAGCAGAGCCCCCAGGAAGGGAGCUUCCAGCCCGGUCACGGCCGGACUCGCGCCUCCGCCGAGGGGAGCCAGUCGGGAGACUCGGCUUCCUGCAAGGGCGGUGGCGGCAGGGCAAGGAGGAGCGGCAGGAGCGGCGGUCCAGGACUCCCCCCGCCCCGGAAGGAGGCCUCGGCCUGCGGGGGCAGCCACAGGCGGGCGCCCACGGACCUCCGCGUCUGA